AUGCUUUCAACCAAUGGCUAUGCCGAGGAGCCAUCAGUUGUACGUCUUCUACAACACUUGGGCUGUGCCGCGGAUGUUGUUCCAUUAAACGAAAUAACAUGGAGAAAAUUUACCAUGAGCGAGUUUUGUGCGCAGCACUGUCUGAAUAGCCUUCUACAGGGACCGUAUUUUACUGUUGAAUCUCUUGCGGAAAUCGCGCAUAAUUUGGACGACAGGGAAAGGAGGGCGCGCAAUUCCAUGCAGUCGGAUUGUCUGAAUACUGAUGAAACUGGGAACUUUUCUGUGCAGGUGAUAGCAAUGGCUCUUCAAAAUCUAGGUCUUGAAUUGGUUCCCUACAUGCGCAAAUCUGAGGAAGCUGAAGCAGCCAGAGCUGAUCCGACAUCACAACGUGCCUUCAUCUGUCACUUUGAUAUGCAUUGGUUAGCUAUCCGUCGCCUAGGUCACCAGUGGUUUGAUCUCAAUUCUCUUCAUUCUCAACCACGGCUUAUUUCCAACACUUAUCUCUCCAUUUACCUGGCCCAGCUGAACUCUGAAAGAUACUCAAUAUGGUUUGUCACGGGUCACCUUCCCGAAUGUGAAGCCGAUCAGUAUUUGAUGCUGUACCCUAUAUCGGAGACUUAUCUGACACAACCUGGUCAUAGCUCGGGUAGCAAUGAAACUGAAAAAGACGCCGACCUACAGAAGGCCUUGGCAUUGAGUCUGCAAGAUGACUUCAACGAUAUUUCUCUUCAAUCUGUCCUCGCUGAGACAAAGAGGGAGGCGGAGGAUCUUGAAAUGCAGAGGGCUCUUCGAAUCUCUGCACAGGAAUCUCAUGGCUGUGUGAACGAUAAUAAUUCCACCCGUGGAUACAUUCCUUCACAUUUGAGAACAUUGGAAGACAUUGGUCGAUCUGAAGAAGACAGGGAUCUACAAGAAGCAAUUAGAUUAUCGUUGCAGUUUCAGGACGGAAAUUAA